AUGGAAACCACAUUCAUCACAAUACACGAUGUAUCCCUAGAUGCUCGAAUCCUCUAUGUAUCGCAAUCUAUCGAAGACAUACUUGGAUACCAUCCAAACGAAGUCGUAGGCAGGUCAUGUUGGGAGUACUUCCACCCAGACGAGAUCCCUUUCGCACAAGCAAUACAUGGAAGAAGUAUCCGUCUGGACAAAGCCGCAGUUUUGAACUACUGCCAAGUCAAGAACAAGCAGGGGCAAUGGGUAGGAUGUGAGUGUGUAUUUACAGUGGUGCACGAUACUCUCGUUGCAAGUACUAGUAUAUACAAACGAGGGGUCAGAAGCCAGAGUAUGUUCCAAUCCAGCAGAUGUGUCCAAUCGGCGGCUAACCGAAGCUUAGAACGAGCCAAAGAUGCACCCGUCAUUCGGCGACUCUUCUCGUCGUCCCCUCGAGACCCACGUUACCACAUGUUGCAAUACAUCUCAGCCAAAUUUUCUCAUCGAAUUCAACCGAACAUUCAUGAGCCACGAGCCGCCUUGUUUCUCAAUCGUUUCUCUCGAACCUUGACCAUCAUGUUUGCUACGAACGGGCUCGCCAGUCUUCUAGGCAUCACCAAUGACCAGCUCAUUGGCAAGAGUUUCUAUUAUUGCAUACAAGAGAAUUGUUUGCGUGAAGGCGUCAAGUGCCUCGAAAGUGCUAAAGCCAACGAUUCGAUAGCAUAUCUUCGCUUCUGGUUCCGCGAUCCCCGGCAGGAAGAUUUCCGGAUUAAUCGUGAUGAGCGCAUAAGUGAAGACCACAGCAGUGGAGAUGAUGAUGACGGAGGCGUCCAUCUAUCGGAGUUGAUGAGUCAAGAUGGUAGCGAAAACGCAGUUACAACAGGCUCGUCUAAUUCCGUGAGGUCGUCUGUAGAACGGGAGUCACGGCAACCACAACCCAUGGAACCGACUUCGCGGACUUCUUCGGGAAACAGCACGGAUUCGGAUGCCAAUGCCCAAGAUAGGAUUUUCGACAGAGCAGAAGGCCAAGAUUCGAGGACGUCCUCCAUAUCCGUACCAGAUGAGCCAAGGCAAUCGUCGUCGCAAGUAGUGAAUCAGGUUGAGCUCGAGGCCGUCGUCUCGUGUACUUCGGACGGAUUGGUGGUGGUGCUCCGCAAAGCUAGACCGCUUGUCCCAAAUGCCAUCAGCUCAGAAUCUACUGCAGAGCCGUAUCGGAAUGGCUUGUUCGCGUCGCCGUGGGCAAAUAAUCCUAUCAUACCUGAUCUGGAUAACCGGAGUGGGCCAUUAACGCCUAACACUGCACCCGACCGAUUCCCUGUCAAUCCUACUGCCCAACAAGCCGAGGCUGCUGUGAACAGAGGCCCAGCCACGGAAACUUUCAUCAAUUCCAUUCGCGAGGUCGCUGUUUUCGCCUGGGCAUUGACCGGUAUCAAUGGAUCGCUUGCCCAGUAUGGACGUGGGACUCCAAGCGGGGAGGCACAACCGGACCAACUUCAAGUUUGGGACCCGCGAAGUAACUCUGGCCCCCAGUACAUGCAUUAUGAAGCUUCCCAAGCCCCUCAACCGCAGGAUAACCCUCAACCUGCAUACCGGAGCCCUAAUGAUCAAGCAGCCGAGAUUGCUGCCCGGCGGUAUCAGACAUACAGCUAUAUCACCGGCCUUCCGGACACAUACGAUGAGGAGAUGCCUCUUGAUGACGAUGUGAUGCAGAUUGACAGCCAGACUGGUGCGCCGCCCGUGGAUGGUCAACUGCAAAAUCGUCAAGUUUAUGAUGCAAAGAAGCAAAACGAUCACGGCUUUGGACAAUCACAGCAACUACCUCCACCUCACGGGUCAAGCAAUGGAUCCUACCCACCUCACAGCCAAUGGCGACAGGGCCAGUAG